AUGGAUGUUAGACUGCAGAAUCUACUGCCGGCCCACCAAAGCUUCUUUUUUGCCGGAAAGGCAGACGAUGUCCCAAGGCCACUUGAGACCACGGGACGAGACGUCAUCAACUUGGACGGACGCCCGGCUGCUGAUGGUUCUGACAUUAUCGGGGACAUCCUCCCCCGCCCUCGUCAAGCUGAUGAUGCGGCGGCGAAACGCGCCCUGUCCGUGAAGGAGACUUGA